UUCAGUGCUCUAUCUACUGCACUACCUAGCUGCCUUCUAGGACUAUCAAUCAUUAGUUAAUAACUGAGGGAGAGAUAGGGAGUCAAACCACUCCUGGACUAUGUUCUAUGUGGAUUUUCCGUGUGGGACCAGUGGAAAUGACAUCACCUUUCAUUUCAACCCUCGGUUUCAAGAUGGUGGCUACGUAGUGUGCAACACAAAGCAGAAUGGUUGGUGGGGGAAUGAGGAGAGGAAGAUGCAUAUGACUUUCCAGAAGGGGGAACCUUUUGAAAUUUGUUUUUGGGUCCGGAGUAUAGCCUUCAAAGUGUCUAUGAAUGGGAACCCCCUUGUCCAGUAUCAGCACCAGAUGCCUUUCCAAUGUGUGGACACCAUUAUAAUUGAUGGCAUAGUGCACCUGGCCUACAUCAACUUCCAGGAAUCCUCUUUCCCAUCUGAAUCAUUCUCAGAACAGAAAUAUAUGGACAAACCUGUCCUUCAGGUUUGUAAUCAACUGAGAAGUGGGAAUGACAUCACCUUCCACCUGAACCCACAAUUUCAAGAGAAUACUGUAAUCCGGAACAGUCAGAUCACUGGCUCGUGGGGACCUGAGGAGCAUGAUAUGCCCUUUAUCAGAGGCCAGACCUUCAUGGUGUGGAUCACCUGUGAAGCCCACUGCUUCAAGGUAACUGUCAACGGGCAGCACCUGUUCAGUUACAACCACCGAGUGAAGAACCUGCCAUCUAUCAAUGACCUGGAAGUGGCUGGAGACAUCCACCUGAUUCACAUCCAGAUCUAACAAAGCGUCUUCCGUCCGCCUGUACGAGCCCAAAUCUGCCCCUGUUUUCCCCACCACCCUUCACUCUCCCAGGCUCAUGCCCAUGUACUCUAAGGAUCAGGAGUUCUUGCCCUGAUAUCUUUCCCACUGAAUGCUUAGCAAGUUGUAGUAAAGUGUACCUAUUGUUCUAGGGGAAAGUGGGUCAGGGACAUAUCUUUAUUUCACCUCAAAGGCUUAGUAAAGGACCUGGUUUGUAGUAGGUGCUUAAUAAAUGCUUAUUGAUUAAUUGAAGGUCACUCCCAUUCUAGUAGAAUGGAGGUUCUGUGAAUACAGGGACAGCUUCAUUUUUCUUUGUAUCUCCAAUGCCUAACACAGUGCCUAGUAUGCAGUAGGUGCUUAAUAAAUACUCAGUUGAUUGAGGGUUGCUCCCAUUCAA